AUGGUGAGGCAUCUUCAUGGAGUUUUGUAUGUGUUCAUUAUCACAUUUUCUCUUAUACAUUUAGUUCAAGCGCAGGAUCAAAAAGGAUUCAUCACUUUGGAUUGUGGUUUGUUACCUGAUGGGUCUCCAUACACCGAUCCAUCUACCGGAUUAACAUUCACCUCAGAUGCUAGUUUCGUUGAGAGUGGAAAGAACGGUCGAGUUGAUAAAGAUUCUGAGAGAAACUUUGAAAAGGCGUUUGUAACGCUGAGAUACUUCCCAGAAGGGCAACGGAACUGUUACAACGUGAAGGUCACGCAAGGAACAAAGUAUCUGAUUAGAGCUUCCUUCUUUUAUGGAAAUUAUGAUGGUCGUAACAUAAUCCCAAACUUUGAUCUGUUUCUUGGCCCUAAUAAGUGGACAACGGUGAAUUUGAGUGCUACUGUUCCAGGUGGUCAGUAUAGGGAGAUUAUUCACAUGUCCAAGUUAAGCUCUUUGCAGAUCUGUCUUGUGAAGAAGGGAACAACUACGCCUAUGAUAUCAACCUUGGAGUUACGGCCAAUGAGAAGUGAUAUCUACAUUAGUGACACUGGGAGCUCCUUGCAGUUCUUAUCAAGAACUUAUCUUAAAGGUUCUGGUAGCAUUUUACGGUACCCUGAUGAUGUCUAUGACCGUAGGUGGUUCCCGAUGGUAGAGAAGGAGUGGACUAUAGUAACUUCAACCCUCAAUGUAAACACUUCUAAUGGUUUUGAUCCGCCUCAAAGUGCGAUGGCAUCGGCUGCAACCUAUGUAAAUGUCAAUGGGACAUGGGAUAUUCCUUGGACCAUUGAUGAUUCUAUAACACGGUUUCACAUUUACCUUCACUUUGCAGAGAUUCAAACUUUGUUACCCAAUGAGACCAGAGAAUUCAUUGUUUUUCUGAACGGAAAUGAAUUUUCUGAACCUUUUAGUCCUAAAAAGCUAAGCAUUGAAACUUUGAACACUCGACCUGAAUCGACAUUGAGAUGCCAAAGAGGGGCUUGCCUUUUACAGCUGGUGAAAACAACAAAGUCAACUCUUCCUCCUCUCCUUAACGCUAUGGAGAUUUUUACUGUUGUUGAACUUCCUCAGUCAGAAACAAACCAACAGGAAGUGGUUGCUAUCAAGAAGAUCCAAAUUGCUUAUGGACUGAGUAGAGUUAGUUGGCAAGGAGAUCCAUGUGUCCCCAAAGAGUUCUUGUGGGCUGGUCUAAACUGCAACAACACCGAUAUUUACACUCCACCAACAAUUACUUCCUUUAUAUGUACUCACAAGUUUUUUGGUUUGUCUACUGUGAUGGAUACUUUGUUUUUAUCAAUUCCUAGGGACUUAUCAAACAACGAAUUGACCGGUGUUGUGCCUGAAUUUUUAGCUGACAUGAAAUCUCUUUUUAUCAUAAACUUAAGUGGAAACAAUCUUAGUGGCCAAGUUCCUCAAAAGCUUCUACAAAAGAAAGGACUGAAACUGAAUGUUGAAGGCAACCCUAACCUUAGUUGCACAGAAAGGCCAUGUGUAAAUAAACCUAGAGAAACUGGACAUGCCAAAAAGAGUAUAACUGUGCCAGUUGUUGCAUCAGUUGCUUCAAUGGUUAUUAUUGCAACUGCAUUGGUUACAUUUUUCGUUCUCAAAAGGAAAAAAUCAUCAAACAAUAGAGAAAAGGGAAGAACACCAAGAUCGGAGCCACCGAGAAUAACUAAGAAGAAAAGAUUUACUUACGCAGAGGUUACUGAAAUGACAAAUAACUUUGAAAAGAUUCUUGGGAAAGGAGGGUUCGGCAUGGUUUAUCAUGGAUAUUUGAAUGGUACCGAACAAGUUGCUGUUAAAGUAGUUUCUCAGGGUUCAGUUCAUGGGCACAAACAAUUCAAAGCAGAGGUUGAUCUUCUUCUGAGAGUUCAUCACAAGAAUUUGGUAGGCCUGGUUGGAUAUUGCGAAAAAGGGAAGGACUUGGUUCUUGUCUAUGAAUACAUGUCCAAUGGAGACUUGAAAGAGCUUUUGUCAGGGAAACCCCACACCUCUGUUUUAAGAUGGGGAACUAGACUAAAAAUAGCGGUGGACUCUGCGCAAGGAUUGGAGUAUUUGUAUAAAGGAUGCAGACCAGCAAUUGUUCAUAGAGAUGUAAAAACAGCAAAUAUUUUGUUGGACGAAAACUUCCAAGCCAAAAUUGCCGAUUUUGGGCUUUCUAAAUCAUUCCCAAACGAUGGAGAGAGCCAUGUAUCCACAGUUGUUGCAGGAACUCUUGGUUACCUUGAUCCAGAAUACUACCAAACAAAUUGGUUGACUGAAAAAAGUGAUGUAUAUAGUUUUGGGGUCGUUUUAUUGGAGAUUAUAACAAAUUUGCCAGUGAUUGACCAGCAUCGUGAAACACCAUACAUAGCAGAAUGGGUGGGAGUAAUGGUCACCAAAGGAGAUAUUAAAAACAUUAUAGAUCCAAGACUUAAAGACGAUUACCACUCUGAUUCUGUUUGGAAAUUUGUUGAGCUAGCAAUGGCUUGUGUCGACGCUUCUUCAGCGAGUAGACCGACCAUGUCUCAAGUUGUUAUUGAGUUAAUUGAAUGUUUAACACUUGAAAACUCGAGAGGAGGAAGGAGUUGUGACAUGGAAUCCAGGGGUUCAAGAGAAGUGACCAUGACAUUUGGAACUGAAGUGAACCCCGCGGCUCGCUAG